AAAGGGUUUUUAAAGUAGACGAAGAAAUUACGGAUCUUGAAAGAUCUUUUCCUGCAAAAAAAGAUUACGAUACUCGCGUGUCCUCCUCCUCAGGUUUCAAUAUUUUACUUUUAGAAGAAGAAAAGAACCCAUCCGGUGACGAGAGUGAUCAUCUGAUCGAUGGCGAGAGUUGCUGCGUUGUUUGUUGCGGCGGCUGUUAUGGCUUUUCUUGCUGCGGCGCCGGUGACGGCAAAGAGAUGGACUGUGGGAGAUAACAAGUUUUGGAACCCCAAUGUCAUCAACUAUACCAUCUGGGCUCAGGACAAACACUUUUACCUCGACGACUGGCUCUAUUUUGUUUACGAGAGAAACCAAUUCAACGUUAUAGAGGUGAACGAGACGAACUAUAUAAACUGCAAUUCCAACAAUCCCAUCGCUAACUGGACUCGUGGAGCUGGAAGGGACUUGGUUUAUCUUAAUGAGACCAGGUAUUACUAUCUCAUUAGUGGUAAUGGUGGUGGAUGUUACGGCGGUAUGAAGCUUGCUGUUUUAGUUGAGACACCACCUCCUACACCACCUGCUUCAGCUAUCAAGAACAGUGCAGGAAAAAGAACUUCCACGGUCUCUGCUUUUGCUUAUCAGUUGGUUGUUUCGGUCGCUGCUUUCGCAGCAGUUGGGACAAUGUGGGACGCGUUGUUGUGGUAACAAGUCUGGAUUUUUCUCUUAAAGAGAGGACAAUUGUAAGAUUCUAUUUAUAUCUUCACGAAGUGAAGCUCUUUUAUGUUAGAUUCUUGGAUCUUUAGUUGUUGUGCUCUGGAUGUGUUUGUGUGGGUCUAUGGAGAGAACUCAUGCUUUUGCUUUUGUUGGGUUGGAAAAGCAGAUUAGUCAUGCUCUUAACCUUAGUGGGCCUUACGAUUUGGGCUUGGAUCUUAAGUUAUAGACCUUUGAUCAAUUUGAAAA